GGGUCCACAUGCAAGCUCACUCUCAUCAUGUCUAGGAACCUUGGGAAAUCUGGAUUGAGAGUAUCAUGCCUUGGUCUGGGCACUUGGGUGACAUUUGGAGGGCAGAUUUCAGAUGAUGUUGCUGAGCAGCUGAUGACUAUAGCGUAUGAGAGCGGGGUGAAUCUGUUUGACACUGCAGAGGUGUACGCUGCUGGAAAAGCUGAAGUCAUACUGGGAAACAUCAUCAAAAAGAAGGGCUGGAGGCGGUCCAGUCUGGUUAUUACCACAAAGCUCUACUGGGGUGGAAAAGCUGAGACUGAACGAGGCCUUUCUAGGAAGCACAUUAUUGAAGGUCUCAAGGGCUCCUUGCAGAGGAUGCAGAUGGAGUAUGUGGAUGUAGUCUUUGCCAACCGGCCUGAUAGCAAUACACCAAUGGAAGAGAUUGUCAGAGCCAUGACCUACGUGAUAAACCAAGGCAUGUCCAUGUACUGGGGGACUUCACGAUGGACAGCAAUGGAAAUAAUGGAGGCAUAUUCUGUGGCAAGACAGUUUAACCUGAUUCCUCCAGUGUGUGAGCAGGCCGAGUAUCAUCUGUUCCAGAGGGAGAAGGUUGAGGUGCAGCUGCCGGAGCUCUACCAUAAGAUAGGUGUCGGUGCCAUGACAUGGUCACCUUUGGCUUGUGGGAUCAUUACUGGAAAGUAUGAAAACGGUAUCCCAGACUCCUCCAGAGCAUCUAUGAAGUCAUACCAGUGGCUGAAAGAGAAGAUAGUCAGCGAGGAUGGACGCAAGCAGCAGGCGAAGCUGAAAGAACUGGGUCACAUUGCAGAGAAGCUGGGCUGCACUUUGCCUCAGCUCGCCGUAGCCUGGUGUCUGAGGAAUGAGGGAGUGAGUUCAGUGCUAUUAGGAACCUCCAAUGCAGAACAGCUAACUGAAAACCUGGGAGCCAUACAGGUACUUCCAAAGAUGACGUCUCAUGUGGUCUCAGACAUUGAUCAUAUACUUGGGAACAAGCCCUACAGUAAGAAGGACUAUCGUUCCUAGAUGCUACGGACACACGCUCAGGGUCAAGAGAGAAGUGUGUGUAGCAGUGUUCGUGCCCUAGUGGUUCCUGCUCCGAAUCUGUUUUCAUCAUUGGCCUGACCUCUCUCUCUCUCUCUCUCUCUCUGAAGCCUUAGAGCGCCGUCCUCCAUUACCAUACCUCCAUUCCCUCUGUUUUUGCUGGUGUGCCUUUGCACCCCAAAACCACAGCAAGAAUCCUCACGACUGGUGUUCAGGUGUCUUCUCGUAAUGGCACCUUACUGGAGGAGAGCUUCACUUGCUGAUGUGAUCUAUGAAGCGCAUAAACACCCAUGCUCCAUGUCUGGCCUCCGCUCUCAAAACCAUCAGCCAUCGGAUCGUCUGGUGGUUUUAGCACGCAUACUGGAGGAACAGAGCAUGACGCCCUCUUGUGCUCAAACGCAGCAACUGCAGAGCUGUUUCACAGACUGAUGAGCUUCUACUCAGUGGAACAAUGCACAUUCACAAAGAUCUAAGCUGUUCUGCCUGUGCAAGAAUGCCUGUAUAGAUAUUUUAUGAGGGGGUUUUAUUUUAAGAGUUAUUUGCUUCAUAGUGUGGGCCACAGUGAUGUGUGGUAGAAAAAUAAAUGCACACUUUUGACCUAGGAAAUUACUUGAAUGAGGGUAGCAUACACCUAUGAAUAUCUGCUUAUUGAACAUGCAGCUGUAUUAUAAACUGACCUCAAUCCCUACUGCAGUAUAUAAGUAUACAGUAUUAGAGUUGAUCUAACAUGCAUAGACUAUGUUAUGCCAGCAACCUAAGCAUUCAUGAUGCUUUAUUAUAAAUAAGUGACUUGGUUUUGCUUUGGGUACAAUUAAAAAA